AUGCAAGUUUUUACUGAGCCGAGCUGUGCCGAUCCACAUUUCUCAUUCAGCCCUCGGAGCACUUGCACCGGGCUUUUCGUAGAGAUGAAUCCGAUUGUUUUCCUCAAAAUCGUCCCUUCCAAACCUUCGACCAUCAUUGCAACAAGUAUGGUUUCUACAGCUAGUAUCGACCUGGCCACUUCGACACUCUCCAAGACGUCAACCUUUUCCAAUACCGUCUUUACAUCCUCCUCUGAGCAUACAAUCACGCCGACGGACUUCCAGACGUCCACCACAAACACGAUCAAUACAAUGGAUACAAGUACAGCAAGUACCGCUUCUACUGUCGACGCGACAAUCACUUUGUCUAGAACACCUGCAACCACUGACACGAGCCUUCCUACACGCAGUCCUGAUACGGAGUCCUUCUUUGGUACAGAACAGGCAGCCAGUACGAUCAAUACAAUGGAUACAAGCACAGCAAGUACCGCUUCUACUGUCGACGUGACAAUAACUUCGUCUAGAACAUCUGCAACCACUAGCACGAGCCUUCCUACACGCGGUCCUAAUACGGAGUCCUCCUUUGGUACAGAACAGGCAGAAAGUACGAUCAAUACAAUGGAUACAAGCACAGCAAGUACCACUACGACUGUCGACGCGACAAUCACUUCGUCUAGAUCACCUGCAAUCACUAGCACGAGCCUUCCUACACGCAGUCCUGAAACAGAGUCUUCAAUUGAUACAGAGCUGAAAGAAAGUACGAUGAAUACAAUGGAUACAAGUACACCUACCCGUUCUGCUAUCGAUGCCACAACCACUCUGUCUCGAACACCCACAACCACUAUUACGAGCCUUCCUACAUUUCGUCCUGGAACUGACAUUUUCAGCCUGACCAGUGCGGCGACGUCUUUUUCCAUCGUUGAUGGGACAUUCACAACUGGUGUUGAAGCGGAAAUCGGUCAUAAUCUACCAGCAGAGAACUCAGCGGUGUCGUUUGAGGAUUGGAGUAGUUUUAAAGUUGUCGCCAUAUGUGCAUCGUUAAGCGUGUUUUUUAACAUGUAG